AUGUGGCGCUCCGCCAUCGCUGCCGUCCUCCGCCCGCUCGCCCGCCUUCCGCUCGCCUCGGCCACCUCGGGCGCGUCACGCCCGCACACCCUCGCCUCUGCCGCAUCCACCUCUGCCCCUGCUGCCGCCUCGCUCGCCGGUGCACACGUUCCUCGUGCUUCCCAGCUCGCUCGCCACUGCAGCACCCAGGGCGGACGUGGUGGUCGUGGCGGCCGUAGUGGUCGUGGCGGCCGUGGUCGUGGCCGUGGCCGUGGCCGCGGUGGCCGCGGUGGUGGCUACUCGGCUCGCGGGGGAGGCCCUUCGCCGCCGCCGGCAUCACCCAUCCAUGCCUUCAACACCAAGCUCGCCGGCAUGCUCCGCUCGCAGCCGGAAAAGGUCGCCGUCGCCUUGAACCAGUUCCCGCCGCCUGCCGCGUCGGAUGCGCCCAUCGUGCCUGAUACACGGACGUACAACCUCGUUUUGGCUGCGCUGUCACGGACCCGGCAGCUGGAGCAGAUCGAGGCAACGCUGGGUGAGAUGGGGGUCGGCCAGGCGCCCCUGCCGGACGUGGUGAGCUACACCACGGCCAUGUCGGCUGCGUUUAGCGCCGGAGAGUAUGCCGCCGGCAUGCGCUACUACGCCCAGAUGAAGGACGCCGGCAUCAGCCCGUCGCACAUCACCUACCAAGUUCUGCUUACCUCGUUCCUCGCCCGCGGGCAGAUGCUCGCCGCGGAGCGAGUGCUUGCUGAGUACGUUCGGACCGAGGUGGCACCCAAGGCUGAGCGGAUGGCCGCGCUUGACGCUGUCGCUGGCGACCACGAUGCUGAGGCGAGUGCGGCGAGCCGGAGCGCAGCAGCGCGCAGAGCCCACGAGCUGGCGGCGUCGCGGGCCAACAAAUUUGCCACCUUUGUGGUCUCUGCCUACGCCUCGUCGCGUGGAAACGACUCGCUCACCGUCAACGAGAUCAGCCGUUUCCUGGACAGGCUGGUCGACGACAUGGGUCUGGUCCCGGACGUCAAGCUCUACACCACCCUAGUCUCGUCCUAUGCCAAGGCCGGCAAGAUCGAGGCUGCAGAGGCUACCUUUAAGGUCGUCCGCGAUGACGCAGCCAAGCACGGGACUCUGCUCGACGCAGCGGUCUUCAACGCGCUCCUGCACGGCUUGCUGAAGGCUCGCAGGCUCAGCGACGUCCUCGCCUACCUUCAGGACAUGAACGAGGCCGGCAUCACCGCGAACACGGUCACGUACUCGAUUCUUUUGCAGACCCACCUGCGCGGCGGCGACUUUGCCGCCGCUGACUCGGUCUUUGACGCCUUCCGCGCCUCGGGCCUCAAGCCCGACGUCAUCAUGUACAACAUCCUCAUCGCCGGCCAGCUGCACCGAGUCAAGGCCGCCGCCCGCGCCGCUGCCGCCGCCAAUACCACGCCGGCUCCGACCGCCGAGAGCGAGCCCACGACGGAUGAUGCUGCGACAGCCCCGCCGCUCGACGUCGCCGCCUUUUGCCCGCAAAUCCUGGAGCUUAUGAAGGCCGACGACAUCGCGCCCAACGUUCGAACGCUUACCGCACUGAUGGAUCUUGCCGCCGCUGCAGGCGCCCCGCACCUCACCUUUGAGCUGCUCGAGGGCAUGGAGUCGGCCCACGGGCUCAAGCCCAACGUCUACUCUUUCAACGUGGCGCUGCGGACUGCGCUCGCCCUUGGCGACUCGGAUCGCGCCGACGCGCUGCAGGCUGCCAUGCAGGACGCCAACAUUUUGCCGGACGUCGUCACUUUUACCACGCUUGCCCGUUAUGGCCACAUUUCGGACGACCACCGGCGGUCGUUCAUCUCGUUCCUUGUUGCCAAGGGCCUCAAGCCCGACCGCGGCUCGUACGCCAUUGCCCUGCGCGAACUCCUAGCGGCCGGCAUGGUCCAGGAGUCAUGGCUCCUCUACACCUCGAUGCCGCCGCACCUCCGCCGUCGCAUUCUUGCCCACGGUCUCAAGUCCAAGUUUGAGGCCGCCCUCAGCUCCCUUGAUGCCGCGCGCAUGGACGAUGGCGUCGCCCGUGACGACGCCUGCGCCGUUGUCCGCGGCGAGUGCAAGCUCGAGGACGUUGCGCCCGAGGCAUAAAUACUGCGUCUCAUGA